GUCUAGAAUAAAACUCUCUUUAGAAAUGGAAUGUAGAAUCUUUAUCCUAUUUUAUUUUUAUGUUAUUUUGAAGUUCAUCCAUGUCUAUAUAUAAUAAUAUCUAAAAACUAAAGCAUAAUAAUAUCUAAAAACUAAAGCAUAGCAUUUAUUGUCCAUCCAGUCUAUUUCCAUCUAUUUUGGCCUAUUUCAGUCUAUUACAAUUUAUUUCAGUCCAAUUCGGUCCACUUAAGUAAUGCUUUGGGAGGAAAUAUUUGAGUAGAAAGAGGGGAUAAGUAAUACAAUAUUGUUAAGAAAUUGGAGAUAAUUCAUGCACACAGGAGUAUUUUGCAUGCAAGAAUGUGACCACGAAGAGAUGGGUAUAGCACCAUCACGAGAUGAGGCUCCAAAUUCAGAGCAAAUUAAACAAGACAAGUUCAGAGAAGUCGAAGUGAAGGAGAAAUCAACAGAAACACAGCCUAGUCAUAGUGCCACUGCCAACAAAGACAAGGCAGUGGAGAAUAUUGGAGCAGCACCACUUGCAAUUGCACAAAACUUCAUAGCCAUAUUGAAAGAUGCAGCUGCCAACAAAGCCAAGGCAGUGGAUAAAUUUGGCGCAGCACCACUUGCACUUGCACAUAACUGUGAAGCCAUAUUGAAAGAUGCAGGCUCACCAGUUGACAACUCCUCCAAGGAGAGGCUGAAUGAACAGCCCUAUGCUGGAGUACUCUUAAACCAAAAUACAAAGAAGUAUUGGGUUGACAAGAAAUCCAACAACGUCUUCUUCUUGUAUGCAAGGAAUCUGUCAAUUACUUGGGCUGCAGACACCCGUUACUGGCACUGGUCAUCUCUUAAAGAAACGAGUGAUGUGUCGGUUGAUGUCGCCGAACUAUUAAAUGUGUGUUGGCUAGAAGUGGGUGGAAAGUUUGAGACAAAGAAGCUCUCACCAGGAACCUUAUAUGAAGUAGCAUUUGAGAUAAUGUUGAAAGAUCCAUCUUAUGGAUGGGAAGUUCCAGUGAAUAUUAGACUUACACUACCAGAUGGAAACAAGCAAGAACACAAAGAAAAUUUGAUGAAAAAGCCAAGAGGGGAAUGGAUAGAGAUCCCCGUAGGUGAGUUUGUAACAUCACCAGAAAAUACUGGAGAGAUAGAAUUCUCAAUUUAUGAAUAUGAAGGUGGGAAAUGGAAGAGGGGGCUUGUCAUCAAAGGUGUUGCCAUUCGGCCCAAGUAUUAGGUUCUAGAAUAGUCAACAACAUAUGUGUCGGGAGAUACUGUUCUCUGGAUAUCAAUGUGAAAGCAGGAAAUUAGCUAAAACAAAAAAUAAAUGUGAAGGCAAGAAGCAAGGUUACAAUAUGUAAUGAAUAACCCAAAAGAUAUUAAUGGAAGAAAUGCUUCACCUUUCAGUAUAA